GAAUGCGGAAGACGAAAGAUGGAGGCGGCUGUGUUCAUUCUAUCGCUGGUCGACUGCUGUGCUCUGAUUUUUCUGGCGGUGUACUUCGUCAUUACCCUCUCCGAUCUAGAAUGUGACUACAUCAAUGCUCGAGCCUGCUGUUCGAAGUUAAACAGAUGGGUUGUACCAGAGCUGGUAGGCCAGGCCCUGGCAACAGUGCUGAUGCUUGUCUCCCUGCACUGGUUUGUCUUCCUACUCAACCUGCCUGUGGCCGCCUGGAACAUGUACAGGGUUUGGAAGGUGCCCAUGGGAAACAUGGGGGUGUUUGACCCCACUGAGAUCCACAACCGGGGACAACUAAAGUCUCACAUGAAAGAGUCCAUGAUCAAACUCGGCUUCCACCUGCUCUGCUUCUUCAUCUACCUGUACAGCAUGAUCCUGGCACUGAUCAACGAUUGAGAUCCCCAUGGCCAUUUUAAUCCAAUCGGCCAAAUCACAAACUAUUCAGUAUGUGGUGUUCAAUAUGUCCUGGUCCUCAGUCCUCUGCUCAGCUGGAGUCACGUGACAUUACACUCCCCUUGGACACCUAAUCAUUGCUCAGACCCCCCCCCCCCCCCCCUCCAUUACGUACUUCUGUGUUCUUAUAACUGCCCUGGAAUUGUGUGUGUGCUUUCGUUCAGCCUUUGUCCAACAAUGCUGUCCAUGCACUGCUCCUCUAGGCAGAUGGAAAACAUGACAAUCGUACAGGCUAGAUGGUGCAUACGAUUGGGUAACACAUUUCCGGCCAAGAGCCAAUCACAACAGCUAGCACAUCCUCUUGCAGCCUGCCGAACAUCAUCUUUGAUAGUCAUAUUUAUUUUUUUGUCUCUUGUCAACAUGCUGGAAAAUCCUUGAAUUGAAUAUCCUUUGCAGAAUAAUAACCUGUGUUUUGGCGAUCUAUUUCUAUUAUAUUUUCUUGCCGUCUCUUAACAUCAAUAAGUUAUAGAUCUGACAUCCCCUGACUGCUGAAAGGUGCACAUUUGAUUGGUAUUAUAAAAUAAAGUGUUCUCAGGGGAAUACAUGCACCUGGGUUGGAAAAUGUUUUUCAACCCUAUUUUUUCACUCGACUGUGUAUCAAUGGGCAAUAUAACCUCGAUUCAAGCCGUAGCGCAAUUUCAAGGUAAUUUCCAAUUGAGCUGACAUGUAACACUGUCUUUAAAUUUGUGUGGUGCUUCAGAUUGAAUCAAAUCCCUUGUCUGUAUCCUAGUUGUAUUACAUUUCACUGUGUAUGACAGAAGCACAUUUACUACACAUCACUAUGUAUGUUAUUUGUGCAGUUUGAGAAUGUUCCAGCCAAAUGUAUUUCACCAUGGGGAAGGGUGCGUGUUCAGAUUGUUUAAAUCAAACUAAAAUUACUCAUUUUUUUUAUUUGUGCUUUUGAAAAUAAUUUGUGGGGUUUCUUAAAUAAACUUGAAAGAGAACAA